UGCACAGACAGCAAAGCCUUACUUGGGUGGCCUCCUUCUUUCCUAGUAUUAAGCCCAUAUGACAUUAAAGAAAUGAAUAUUAGAGAAGAGUGACCAACAGCAAUUAAAGCGCAGCAAAUAAAUUAAAAAUGAUAAUGCUGGAAGUGAAAUUGAAUGUGAUGAGGAGAUUUGAAAAUGGAGACAGCAAAGUAAAGACAGGAUGAGACCUAGGCCCGCCUGAAGCUAGUGAACAAAUGAUGUUGAAGAAGUCAGAUCAUUCAAAAACAAGGUAAUGUAGCUUCGACAUUGUUUAGUUUAAGUUGCACUCAGAACAGAAAGCUGCUUAGGGUAAAAAUGGAGCAUUUACUUCUACUUAGGAUUGAACAGUGUAGUGAAAACAAAAACCCAAUCAGCUUAACAACUAUCAUGCAGGCCAAACUCUGAAGUCAGGUGCUGCAUUGAAAGGAAUCAGUAAUUACAAGGAGACUGAAGAUAAAUGUUUCCCUGACAGUGAAGGCAGAUUUGACACUUGCUAUUCAAAAGACUCUAGGCUGGCAGCCACAGGAACUUCAUGAAGGCAAAUGUAUAGACUUAAAAGAGUAAAGUGGUUGUGACAAAAAGGAUGACAAUAUCCCAGAGGAAGUAACCACAGUAAAGAAAAACAGGCGGGCCGUAGGAGGAAGAUGGCGGUGGGGUCGCGCAUUAUGCGGGAGGAUAUUAAGAAGGAGCCAGAGAACCCGAUCAACCGUGAGAAAACAUGCCUGCUGCUGCUGCGCAUCUUCAUCACCAAUAAUGGCCACCACCGCCGAACGGACGAGUUUUCCCGGGGAAACGUACAGUCCAGAGAGUUGCAGAUCUACGCUUGGAUGGAUGCAACCUUGAAAGAACUGACAAGCUUGGUAAAAGUCUACCCACAAGCUAGAAAGAAGGGCACUGUCUUCAAUUUUGCAGUCGUUUUUACAGAUGUUAAAAGACCUGGCUAUCGAGUUAAGGCAGUUGGUAGCACCAUGUCUGGCAGAAAGGGGACUGAUGAUUCCAUGACCCUGCCGUCGCAGAAGUUCCAGGUAGAUUACUUGGACAUAGCAAUUACCCCUCCACAUCGGGCACCACCUCCUUCAGGGCACAUGAGGCCACAUUAAAUUCUAUUUAGUAUUUCUUGUAUUUAUUUUUUGGUCAGUUAUGUAAAAUAAACUUACUCUUUUUCCUCCCCAGAUUAUUGUCAUUAAGCCUUUGAAUUCUAAACAAAUUAUGAUCCAUCAUCUAUUUAGGAAUUAGAUUUGGAUGUGCUAUUGUAUAAUUACUAAUAGAAAGUCCAUAUGUUUCAAGCCUUUUUGUAAAAUAUGAAGAAAGUGCUCUUAGCAUUCUAUGUAAAACUGUACUGUUAAAUAUAU